AUGUCACAAGCACCAGAACUUCCUGGAUACUAUUAUGAUAGUGAGAAGAAAAAAUAUUUCAAAAUACAGGCAAAUGCACCAUCAAGCUCCGCAUACUCGUCUCAAGAUGUCAAAAGACGCAAGAUUGACGACGAGAAUAACAAAGCCCAAUCCUUGAAAGUUCAACGGAAUGUUGGCCGUAUCAAGAGAGCAAGGAUUCUUGAAGCCCCUAUUUCUGGUGGCUUUUUAUCCAGAGAAUUUGGACAGCCUUGCUUGGACACUGUUGCUGCCUCCUCUUAUGCUCAGAACCUCAUCAAAACAGGUGACACCGGUCACUGGGGAGCUCUAAAUGGUCCACAACUUUUUGCCGUGAUACCCAAAGGCUCCGGUUCUUUCCUUUACUUUCCUAUGGUCAGUGCCAAUAAGACGAUUGGAUAUUUUGCAACGACGUGGUUAAAUGUACCUACAGAUAGGAGCAUCGUAAUUAGUCCUUGUCCUUUGACCCCUGGCAAUAUAUAUGAUCUUCCUUCAAGAGCCGACAUACAUAUCGGUCCAGGGACCACGCGAGGUAAUGUCGAUAUCCUCUCUUCCACCUCAGCACCACUAGGUUCGCAAGAUGCAUUUGCCAUCGGUGCGAGCAAAGGCAUUCUUCGAAUCGACAAAAAUCUCGACAUGUCCUGGAUUCGAAGCAGCCCUACAGAAAAGUCCCACCACAGUCAACCUAGAGAUGUAUUUGCACUGCAAUAUUGUCCAAACCACAAGGAUAUCCUGCUAGCUGGUGAACGGCGCGGGAUCCUCAGCAUUCUAGAUCUCCGAAUCCCUCAGUUUUGGCCCCCGGCAGAAAAGAUCCAACACACAAGUUGUAUCACGCACAUCGAAUCACUGGAUACUCAUCGCGUGCUCGUCGCAGGCUGCGCAUCCGAUCUCCACCAAUACGACAGACGAUUCACCAAACCAAAUCCCCAACAUACGCCAAGAAUCAAAACUUCAAACACCACCUCCCCCACAACACCCUAUCUAACCUACCCAGAAUACCGCAACAAAGGCCGUAUAGACAUGGGACUAGACGUAGACCUCGAACUCGGCCUCGUUGCCGCAGCAGCAGACAACGAAUCAAAAAUCAAGCUCUUUUCCCUACACGGAGGACAAGUGCUAGGUGAUGUUAAUAUUCCCGACGCCCGCGAUCUGAAUUGUUUCAAAUUUGUCCAGGAUACGGAGAAUGGGCCUAAAAGUAUCUGGGCGGCGUGUCCAGAUAAGCUCAUGAGAUUCUCGUUUGAGGGGGAAUAA